AACAAUUUCAUUAAAAAGGCUUAAGAGAAAAAUUCUCAAUUCCAACAAAUAUCUCUGAGAUUUUUGGAAAAUCAGAAUCGUUGUUUCGAGGGAAGAUGCAAGGAGGUGGUAGAGAUCCUUUUGGUGGUGGUUUUGGCGGUCCUUUUGGGGGUUUUGGAGGCGGCCCUUUUGGUGGAUUUGGAGGCGGUUCCUUUGGUGGUUUUGGUGGCCUUAAUGGUCCUCCAAAUUUGAUGGCUAAUUUUUUCGGAGGAAGAGAUCCGUUUGAUGACCCUUUUUUCACUCAGCCUUUUGGUGGUGGCAUGUUUCAGUCCAACUUCUUUGGUCCUAGCAUGAAUCCUUUUGCAGAAAUGCGUCGUUUGCCCCCGGGUUUUAUUGAGAAUAAUCAGCCACCAGGACCGAGUAGGCAGGCGAGUAGGUCACGUGGACCGGUUAUUGAAGAGAUUGAAUCAGAUGAUGAGAAAGAAGGAGAUAAAGAGAAGAAAGGAAGUCUAGGGAAACAUGGCAGGUCAAGCAGUGAGGUUGAAGCUGAAGAUGCUAGAGUGGAAGAGAGAAGGAACCGGCAAAUGCAAAACAUGAAUUGGCAACCUCAAACAGGUAGUUAUAGUUUUCAGAGCUCGACUGUUACAUACGGUGGUCAGAACGGCAACUACUAUACUUCAUCGAAAACCAGAAGGACAGGAAGUGAUGGGUUAACUCUUGAAGAAAGCAGAGAAGCCAACACUGCAACGCGCGAAGCAGCGCACAUGAUUUCAAGAGGCCUUCAUAACAAGGGCCACACUGUUGCGCGUAAACUUAACUCAGAUGGCUGUGUUGAUACAACACAGACCUUACACAAUUUAAAUGAAGAUGAAUUGGCCAACUUUGAACAGUCUUGGAAUGGAAAUGCUAGAAGGCAGAUGCAAUUACCCGGUCGGUCUGGUUCCUUUGGAAGUGGUCUUGUAAACAGAGAGCAACCAAUGUUACUUCCCUCGACUGAUCCAAGUCCUUCUCAUGCACGAGCAGAAUCAUCCAGAAGACCAAAAGCUGCAAUGAAUGUAAGAGGACAUGGUAGAAACUAACCUCCGACUAUAUGUAUGGUUUCUAAAAUCUUUAGUGAAUGUAACCAAAGACUAAUUACUUUACUUAGGUUGCAUCAUUAUUGUAACUGUAUGAUGAAUUUGAGGAUUUUAAAUACUGCUCUUUAAUGAUAAAUAUAUAUUUGCUAUAUUUAUCAAUUCUUUAGCUGCUUAUAAUCUAAAAGGGUUAUCUUUAAGUUUUGCAAAAUUCAUAGAUAUAGUUAUGAUUGUGUACUUGAUCGACAUAAAUUUUAUGGCUGAUU